CGUUAAAAAAACUCUUUUGAUUCUCUAUGAUAAUUUCGUAAAUAUCCGUUUCCGUUAAAACGCCAUUGUUUCUUUCUCUUGUCAGAAUCGCCUGAUAAGAACCCUCAAAAUGCAGCUGCACAUUAGAGGACAAUCAACGCACGUAUUGGAUGUCAAUGGAGAGGAAUCCAUUGCCCAAAUUAAGGAUAGGCUUCGGGCCUUAGCAGAGGUUGGUGCAGAGGAGCUCACAUUAUCAGCAUGUGGAGCCCCUCUUGAAGACUCAUGCCUCGUGUCAGAGCUUGUCUCCACAGAACUUGACCUCACAAUUCCACUGCUUGGUGGUAAAGUGCACGGUUCUUUAGCUCGUGCCGGCAAAGUCAAGGGCCAGACACCAAAAGUAGAAAAGCAGCAGAAGAAGAAGAAGAAGACUGGCCGUGCCAAGCGAAGAAUUCAAUAUAACAGAAGAUUCGUGAAUGUUGUCCAAACAUUCGGCCGCCGUCGUGGACCCAACUCCAACUCGUAGGUUUUAUUUUUUGUAAAUAAAAUGCAAAUAUAACAUCUUUGCACCA